AUAUCUUUAGUUUAGAAUUAAAGAUGUGAAGGUAGUUUUGAAAUCAUAUUGAUUUGAAUUUCCACCUUAAAUACCCCAAAGUGAUGAAAUAAAGGUGGUUAGUUGAACCAUGCCAUGCAGCUGAGGGGCUUCAUUCAAACAGCUAGCUAUAUCUAAUUAAGCAAUAAGUCAGUGAAGCAGGAAAGUUCCUAUGGAAUGGACAUAAGAAAAAGUGGAAAUUAUUAAAACAUAAUUCUUGUGAAAUGGAUUUCCAUAAUUCAUUAAUAUUUUUACUUAUUGUAUCUAGUCAUCUUAUUUUCAUUGAUGCCAGACAAUUUCGUGUUACGGACCAAGUGUUUUUUGAAAUCACUAGUGAAGAUAAAGUUCUUGGUCGAGUAGUGAUAGGCCUAUUCGGCGACCUUGCCCCAAAGGCUGUCAAAAACUUCAAAGUUUUAGCCUCAAAAGGUAUAAAUGGGAAGUCUUACAAGGGCACCUCAUUUAAUAGAAUAAUCAAACGAUUUAUGGUACAAGGUGGUGAUGUAGAGGCUGAUGAUGGAACCGGCUCUAUCAGCAUUUAUGGCGAAACAUUUCAUGAUGAGAAUUUGGAGACACAACAUAGUGGCGCUGGAUUUGUGUCAAUGGCUAAUAAAGGUCCCGACACAAAUGGCUGUCAAUUUAUUAUCACUACCACAGGAACACCUUGGUUAGAUCAUUUGCAUACAGUAGUCGGAAAGGUGGUGGACGGCCAAAACGUGGUGCAUAUGUUGGAGCACACCCCUACUGACGUUGACGACAGGCCACUACUGCACGUGUAUAUCUCAGACUGCGGCUUGGUGCCAACCCUUGAGCCUUACUACAUUUCUGAUGACCCUUAUGAUUUAUGGGCGUGGAUCAAAGCAUCAGCGGUUCCUCUAACCAUGUCUUUUUCAAUCCUCGGCUUCUUCCAAUGGAUGAUGAGGAAGAUGGAAAUAUAGAUUUAUUGACUAUGAAUUCAAU